AUGAUUUUUGAGAACUCACAAUAUUCAUAUAUAAUAAAUACUAUAAAACAUGGAAACGAAUCCGAGAAGCUAGCUGCGCUGAACGAUUUUUAUGAACAGCUAAACUUAUCUGUGGAUGGAGGAAUAAGUAAUUCACAUUUGGAAGAAUAUAUUAACGUGUUAAUUCAUGUAAUUAAUAAACCAUAUGCAUCGUAUGAUGAUUCAUAUAAAAAUACUGGAAAUAAAAAAACAUCUAAAGGGUGGGGAAAUGAUAAAAAAUCAAAUAAUGAUAAAAUAAAUGAUGUAGUAGGAAAUGGAUUAAAUAAUUUCUUCAAAAUUAUACAAGAGCAUAUAGGUGUUUAUGCUACAAGUUUUGAUGAUAUGGAUGAGUUUGAUUAUAGUGACAAUAAUAAUGAGAAAGUUCGAGGAAAAAAAAAAAAUAAUAAAAGUAAUAAGGGAAAAGGUGAUGAUGAAAAUAACAAUAGUGAUAAUAAUAAAAAGGGAAAUAAAAAAUUAUUAGAAAAUUUGAACAUGAAUAAAGAAGAAAAAAUAGAUAAAACAGACAAGAAAGAAGAUAAAGGGAAAGAUGAAGUAAGUGAAGAAGAAGAUGACGAAGAAAAUGAUGAAGAAGAAAGUAACGAACAUAAUAAAAAUAAAUAUAGUAGUGAAUUUGAUUCAGAAUUUGAAAGUUCAAAUAAUUGUUCUAGUAUUACAAGCGAAUGCAGUAAUGAGUUUGAUAACGAGAAAAUGUUUAUGGAUGAGGCGUGUGCAAUCGAUGUAAAAUAUAUUAAUAUGAUAUAUACUGCUACAUGUUGUAUUUAUACAAUUUUAGAUAUAUACCCUAAUUCAAUAAAAUAUGUAAUUAAUAAUAGAGAUUGUGUAAAUAUAUUAAAUAAAAAAUUAAAUGAUAUAGAAUAUAUUGAUGUUGCUGAAGUAAUAUUAAAAAUUUUUGAAAAGUUAGUAGAAAAAGAUCCUAUGCUUAUAUUGAAAAAAAAAAGUAUUAAAUAUAUGUUAAUGCAUAUAGAUUUUUAUAAUGUAAAUAUUCAGAAAAAAAUAUUUUUUUGCAUUAUUCAAAUGAUUAAUAAUAUUAAGAAAUAUAAACAUAUUAAAAAGUAUAUCAUGCCUUAUUGUAAUACAUAUGUCAAUUUUUUUCAUUUCAAUUAUAUUCAUAUAUUAAAUAUUAUAUGCACUUUAUGGAGAUCACUACUUGAUAAAAUAAUUACUAUACAAUUAGAUAACGAUAAUAAAAUUAGAAGAAAAUCGAAUUUAUUAUUAUUAGGUGAAGAUAGAAUUUCUAAUUCUCGAAAAAGUAAAAAUAAGAGCACAAAUGAAGUAUCGUCUUACUUAAGCAAAUUAAUGGAAAAAAAAAAAAAAAAAAAAAAAAAAAAAAAAAAAAAAAAACAAGGAUGCAAUGAUUCAAAUGGCAACGAAGAUAAAACUACAAUGAAAAAUAUGCACACUAAGGAAGAAAAUGAUAAAAGUUAUAAUGUUAUAGAAAUAUCAGAUGAUGAAAACAAAAGCAACGAUAUAUCCAGUGUUAUUAGUAGUAAUAGCAAAAGUAAGAAAAAGAAAAAUUCACAAAAAAAAAUAGCUAGUUCAAUUAGUAAAAACAAAAAAUCAAAAUGUUCCGAAAAUGAUAUGGAGGAAGAUCACGGGUGUGAUAAGAAAAAGAAGAAAAAAAAUAUAUUUAAUAAAAAAGAGAAGAUUGAUAAAGAAUGUGGAAAAGAAGAUAAUGUUAAUGAUAGCGAUUCAGAUUCCAGCUGUUGUCAAAAAGAAAAUAAAAGCGAAAAAAGAAAAAAAACGAAAAUGAAAAAAGAAAAAGAUGAUAUAUACACUUUAGAUGAAAAUUUAUCAGAAAAUGAUCAAUAUAUAAAUAAAAAAGAACAAGAUAAUAAAACAUUAUUUCCAACACUUUUAAAAAAUGUUAAUGAAUCCACUAAUGUAGUCAAUGAAUCACAUGCCGAAAUAAAGGGUGAAGAAAAUGUUUGUCAUAUUAAUAAAAUAAAAAACGAUGAAAUGAAAAAAAUUGGUAAUAAUCUUGAUAAAGAUAAAGAAAAUAGUCGAAAUAAUAAGGAAGAAAAAAACAAAACAAAUUAUAUUAACAAUCAAAAUAAUCUUUUACAAAAUAUAAUUCAUUUAAAUAAUAAUGAAAAUAUAAAUAAUAAAUUAUGCAUAGAAAUAGAAAGCGUAUAUAAUACUAAUAUUAGAGAUAAUAUUGUAAAAUUAUUAAUAGAAUGUAAAAUAGAGGAUAAUUUAUAUGCCUUUAUUGAAACAUUUUAUAUUAUAUCUAUACUAGUUAAUUAUAGUAAUAAUAUAUUAGAAGAUUUUUGUAACAGUGAUUUUUUAGAAAAAUUUAAUGAAUUAUUUGAUAAUAAUAAAUUUAAAAACAAUAAUAUAUUGAUUAUUUAUAUUUUAUUUACUUUAUAUUCUUUUCUUCCAAUAUGUAAAAUUGAUGGAUCUUUAAUACAUAAGUAUGAGAUAGAACAUUUGUUAGGAAAAAAAAAUAAAGAAGAAUCAUUAAAAGCUAGCAUACAAGAAAAUGAUAUUUUUAGUAAUAGCGGGUUUUGUUCAAUUAAUUGUGCAUCUUUGAAUUUCCCAGUGGAUGUUAAAAAAGAAAAACUUGAUUUUUAUAAAAAUAAUUUGAAAUAUUUAAUGACAGUUAUAAAAAUAAUUAUACCAAAUAUAUAUACUAUAUUUGAAGAAACAUUAUAUUAUGAUACAAAAUAUUUAUGUACAUCCAUAUUGUUAUCGCUAUUUAUUUCUCUUUAUAAAAUAUCAUUUACAUCCUUUAACAAUCCAGAAUUUGUUCAAUGCUUAAAUUAUAUAUUUAGUUAUAGUACAAAGUUAUAUUCUUUUAUAAGAUUUAGUAUUUUAAAUAAUUUAUCUGACACAUCAGCUAUUAGUGGUAUUAUUAUAUGCAAAAUUGUAGAGUCGUUUGUAAAUCUAAUAUCAACUAAUUUAAUGUAUAAAGAAUUGAAGGAAAAAUUAAAUAUAAAAAGUGAAACUGCAACUGAUGAGGCAUAUAUUAAUUUUACUAUGAAUAAUAAAAUGUAUAAAAAUAUCAACAUUCAAGAAAGUGAUAUAACGAAUUUCACUUUUAACGAUAAUAAAAUUUUUUUUUUACAUGUACUAAUAAAUAUUAUAAAAAAUAUAUUAAUAAAAAAGAAAAAAGAAAUAAGUACCCAAGACAGCAACAUUUUAUGCAAUAGUAAUAAACAAAUAUAUAACAUUAUAUUUUUGUAUUUUUAUGAUUUAUAUAAUUCUGACUGUUCAGGCAAAAAUAUAAUAAAUAAUAAUAGCUAUUUCAUUCCUCAUAAAAUUUUAUGUAAUAACCUCGAACAAAAUGAUGUUGAUACAACUAAAAAUGGAAAAUUAUUAUUUUUUAAUUACGAAAGAGAAUCUAAAAAUGUUAAUUUAGAAUUUGGAACAAUAUUUUUAUGUUAUGAAAAUGUAAAAAAAUGCAAAAAUAAUGAUGGGUCAAACAUAUUUUUAAAAUAUUUAAUUAUUGAUGAAAUAAGCUGCUAUAAUAAUGUUGUUUUAUCUUACUAUUAUUUAAUAAAUUUGUUUUGUAAUUUAUAUUGUAUGCGUGAAGAUGGAUCAAUUUAUUUUUAUCAAUACAAUAUUGCAAAAAGAUUAUAUUUUUUUUUAUUUCAAAAGUUGUUUUACGGAAAUACAAGGAAAAAAUAUACACAAAACGUAGACAAUUUGCAAGAAAGAAACAGGAAAUAUGUUUUUAAAAAUAAUGCUAUUAUUAGCAAUGAAGAGUUUAUAUAUAAGGAAAAACAGAAAAAGAAAACCUUGAAAUUAUUAAAAAAUAUAGAUAGAAAUUUAAGAUUGUAUAUAUUUUUAUAUGCAUUAUUGUUUGUUAACAAUGAAAAAAAAGAGGAUAUAGUGCAUGGGUUAUUUUUAAAUAGCAUUAAAAAAUUAUAUAAUAUUUUAGGAAUUGUGAAAAAUAUUGAAGAAAUAAGCAAAUCCGAAUUUAAUAAUUUAAAAUCCUCAGUUUUAAAAAUUUUUGAUGUUUAUCAUUAUAAUUUAAUUACAAAUAAUGUAUCUUUUUAUCAUUUUUCCAAUUUGAUCAAAUUAACAAAAGAUUGUUUAAAUAUGUUUGACAACUUGCCUAUGCAUUUUUUCCAAGAAAAUUUAAAUAAUGCAAAUAAUUCCCUGCACACAAAUAUAAAUGAGUUAUAUACAAACAAUAAUAAUAAUAAUAAUAAAGCGAUAUGGUCGUCAAAUUCUGAUGAUUUCCCAUCGUUGCAUCAUGAUAACUAUUGUGGUAAUAAUGUGUUGGGUUCAAAAAACAGAAAAGUUAGUGAUAAUAAUUUGGCAAAAGGUUUGAAACAAAAAAAGAAAAAUAACAAAGAGGAUUUAAACAUCGAUGAGGGUGCGGAUAAUAGUGAAAAAAAUAAACAAGUAAAAGAUGAUGACUUAGGUACUAAUAUUAAUGAAAAGAAACUAGAUACUUCUAUAUUUAAUGAAGAAAUUGAUGAAGAAAAAAAAAAACAAAAAAAAGCCGAAGAAAAUGAGCCUUCAACAUUUUAUAAUUUAAAAGAGUCAAAUAAAGGAGAAAUUAAUAGAAAAGAGGAAAUCGAAAAAGAAGUCAGUUCAUCAAGCACACCUUAUGCACGCCAUAAUUGUUUUCCUAUUAAGGAUAAAAAAAAAUCAAAGGAAAAUAAUUUUAUUGACGAAAAAAAUAUGAAUAAUGUCAAAAAUGAUGAUAAUAAUGUAUAUAAUUACUUAAAUAAAAAAAAUUACAAUAAUGUUUAUUAUGUUUCUAGGGAUUCAUUUUAUGAUGCCUUAGCCAAAAAUAAUAAUAUAAAUAUAAAAUAUAAUGACAAAAAAGGAAAAUGCAUGUAUAAUAAUUACAAUUGUCAUUUCCCGAUCCAUUUAAGAAGAAAUGGAUUAUAUGUUGAUAAUGUGGCAAUUUUUAAUUCUUUGAAUAAGAAUAUACAACUAUCAAUGGUACAUGAUAAUAACGAAGAACUUUCAAAUAAUAAGAUGUAUGUAGACUGUAGUAAAAAUUACAACAGUGUAGCUUGUGAUUACGCAAAAGGAAAAGGUGAAGACGAAAAUAAUAGUGGUAGCUUCUCAUAUAAAAAUAAAGAAAAGGAUGAUAAAAAUCAUAAAAGUGCAAAAUUAUCACAAAAAAAUUCUAAAGAUUUAAAGAUUAACAAAAUGACAUAUACAAAAGAUAUAACAAAUAGAUUUUUAUAUUUUUCCAAAAAUGAUUUUGAUAAAUCCCAAAAUUUACAAGGAUCUUUUAACAUAUUUGAGUCAUUUAAUAAAGUUGAAAAUUAUAUAAGAAAAAAUGUUAAUAAAAAUAAUAAAAAUUACAAUUCAAAAUAUUAUGGAAAAAAUGACGAUUUUAUUCUUCUAUCAAUUAAUGGAAUAAAUGUGCAUAAAGAUUCAUGUAUUUCUGAAUACUUAGUAAAAUUAAGUGAUUUAUAUUAUUUAAAUAAAAAUGAAUCAUAUAUUAAUGAAGAACAUAUAUAUUGUAAUUUUGAAAACUUUUAUGUUUAUAAUGAUGUAGUAGAACAUUGUAUAACUAAUUAUAAUUAUAUUAAAAAUAAUAUUAAAUAUUUAUGGAAUAAUAAUAGUCAUCAAGGUAUUUAUAGUACCAUUAAUAUAGGUAAUAAUAAAAAUAAUAAUAACAUGCACAUUAUAAAUUACAAAAUUAUUAAAAAACGAAAACAUUCUGAACAAACAUAUGAGCAAGCUUUAUAUGAUGAUGAAUUUAUGAACAUAAAUAAUGACUUAAAUAUUGUUACAAAAAAAAAAAGCAAAAAAAAAAGAGAUAAUAAUUAUGAAAAUAUUGAUGAAAAUAUACAAAAAAGUGAGCAUAAUACAUUUUACAAAAAUGAUGAUAUAUAUUCCUAUGUCAGUCCAAGUAUUUAUAAAAAAAUUAAGAGUAGCAUAAAUACACCAUUUUCUUGUAAAAUUAUAAAUCAAAAAUAUAAUUAUUAUAAUAUAUCUUUUGAUUUAGUUAAACAUUUGCAUAAUAAUGUUGAUGAACAUAUCGAUACUAUCCAUACAAAAGUAAGUGAUCUUGAUGGUGAAACAAAUGGAGGUACAGAAAAUGCUAUGGUGAAUAAUUUCUUUACUAUUAUAAAAACAAAAGUACAAAAAGAAGCUUGUGAAAAAAACAAAAGCUUAUAUCACGAAAUGGGGGCAAUUAAAGAUGCUUAUGAUCCUAGAUCUUUAAAACAUGUAAGUGGGAAAGAAUAUUAUAACAAAUUGGGAAGCGAAAAGAUAGAAAAUGAAAAAAAAACAUCAUCAUUUUUACUUGACUAUUUAAAAAAUUGUUAUAUAAAUAACCAAAUGGAUUUUGACUUUUUAGAAAAUAAUUAUGUAGAAAAUGAUUCAAUCUAUUUAUCUACAUAUCUUAAAAGCGAAAUGACAAAAGUAAUAGAACUUAUUCUUUUAGAUAAUCAUUAUAUUAAUAAGGAUAUAAUGCUUAGUACCCAUUAUCACAAUUUCAAUGUUGUUUUAAAUAAUGAAAAAAAUAAAAAUGAUAGUAUUGUAUAUGAGAAUAAAAGAAAUACUAUUGAAGAUAUUGAAAUGGGAAGAAUGUGGGAAAUUAAUUUGUAUAAGAAAUAUUAUGAAAAAAAAAAAAAAUUUCCUGAAAUAUCCAAAAAUACGAUAUAUAAUAAUGAAAAAAUAGAAAAAGAGAGGAAGGAAAAACACCAAGAUUUUUUACUUCAAUGUGAAAAUAUGACUAAACCAGCUUUUGAAGAAGAAUUUUAUAUGCUAUUUAAUUAUAUGCCUAUGUAUAGUGAAAUUAUUAAAAAGGGAAUAAUAAUGAAAACAGAAAAUGAUACAGAAUGGGAAUAUGAUCAAAGAUGUUUCAAUUUAAAUAAUGUUAAAAAUUGUUUAUGUAAUAAUAAAAAAAAGAGAAAAAUGGAUAGGGAUAUAUUUAUUGAAAAUAUGUACAACUUUUUGUUAUAUAAAAUAUUAUUUUUACUUUUUAAGCAUUUUAAAAUUUCCAAUACUCAGCCACUUUUUAACUUUUAUAUGAAUAAUGAAGUUGAAGAUAAGUUGAUUUUAGAUGAAAAUAAAAUCGAAUCAAUGAAAUUAUUAAACGAUAUGACAAAACAUGAAAUGAAUUUUGUGAAAUCUUUUUAUUUAUGUAAAAAUAAUAAAGGAGAAAAUUUUGAAGAACCAAGUAAAUUAUUACUUGAAAUAAAUAAAAUAGAAAAAAAAGACUUUAUAUUAAAUAGUUUAAAUAAUAAAAUAAUGUAUUAUUUGAAUAAUCCAUUAUUUAUGUUUAGUGAAAAAUUACCAUCAUGGAUAUACAAAAUAUUUUAUUUAUUUAAUUUUGUAAUAAAUAUUGAUAUUCGAUCAUUUUUUUUUGAAAUAGCAUAUUUUGGAAAUUAUAGAGGUUUAUACAAUUAUAAACAAAGAAUAAAAGAAUUAGUUGAUAAGUUCAAUGAAAAAGUAACUACUAGAAAUGGUGCAUUAAUGGAGGAACAUUUAUUAUCAGUAUGUGCAAAUUAUACUUAUAAUUCUGAAAAAAAAAAAAUAUUUAAUUUUUUACAAGACAAUACUACUUUAUCAUUACCUCGAACUAAAAUUAAAUUACACAGAAAUAAAAUAAUAGAUUCCUCUUUCCGAAUAUUUAAUCAUUUGCAUUAUAUUAAUUCAAAUUAUGUUACUCCAUCAUAUUUAGAUAUAGAAUUUUUUAACGAGGAAGGAACUGGGUUAGGUCCUUCUUUAGAAUUUUAUAAUGAAGUUAUUGAAGAGUUAAAAAAAGAGAAAUUGCAAUUGUUUAAAACUGAAAAUAAUUAUCUUUUUCCUAUAUCUUAUAAAAUCAAUUUGAACAAUUUUGAUUUCAAUUUAUUAAAAAAACCUAAACAUUCUGAACUUACAAAUAUGACAAAUAAUAGUGCUAGUGAUUUAGGAGCAGCCUUUUCUGGAAAUGUGCACAAUUUCAAUAGUCAUCGAAUAUUUGCUUCAAAUAAUCAUAACACAUAUAACUCUUCUUCUAUUAAUAAAAGAAUGAAUGAUAUCAGUGAUGGGGUACAUACAAAUAGUUAUCGUUCAGUUAACAGUUUCAUAAAUCACUUUUUAUAUUCUAUGAAUUCAAACAUAUUUAAUAAGAAUAAUAGAAAUUUGGAUAUUUAUGACGAUAUAUCAAAAAUCGGAAUUUUAGAUAAAAAAUCGAAGAAUAAAAAGAACACAAAAAGUGGAAAAAAAGGCGGAAGUAGUAAAGUUAAAAAUAUUUCCAUUACAGAUAUUAACAAUGGCAGUAUAGAAAAUGAUAUUAAAAAAAAAGUGAAAAAAAAAAAAAAUGAUGCCCAAGAAGGUUGUGAAGUUGAGGAUGAUGAAGAUGCUGAAGAAAUUAUGGACGACGAACAAAUUAAAAAUUGUUUGACAAAAAUAUAUAAAAAAGAAAAGAUAUUCCAAGAAUCAAUUAAGGAAAAACAAAAAGAUAAAAAGGGAAUAACCAAUCAAGAUAGUUGUAUAAAUAACCAUUCCGAAAACGAUAUAAACGAUGUAAAUGAUAAUAUUAAUAGUGAGCAUAUAAAUAAGUCCAGUGAUGUGGCUGAUAAAACAUCAUCAUAUAAAAAAAAUAAUGAUUUUGAUAUAAAAGAUGAAAAUGCAAAAAUAUAUGAAGAGAAACUUAUAAACACAGAAAUAAAUAAAAAAAAAAGAAGUAGAUGUUAUGAUGCUGAAAAUGAAGAUGAAAAUAAGAAAAGUGUAGAUGAUGAAGAUAAUAUUAGUGUAAAAGAAAAAUUGAAUGAUCAAAAUUUUGAUGAAGAAGAAGAUGAAUAUGGUUACGAAAUUGGCGAAUAUGACGAUGACGAUUAUUAUGAUGAAUAUAGUGAAGAAUAUGAAAAAGGCGAAAAAAAAAAAUUUGUGUUUGAAGGAAAAAAAAACAAUCUUAAAAAGAACAAAAAAGAAAAGAACUUAGAUAAUAAAGGAAUAAAAAAUAACAAAAUUAAUGAAAUAACUGUAAAAGAAGAAAAUAGCGAAAAAAAUAAAGAAGCUUAUGAUGAAACUAAUAAAAAAAUUAAAAAAUCCAAGAAUGAUGAAUUAGUACCAGAAAAAAAAAUAAAAGAAGAAAUAAAAAAUGAAUAUAUCAUAGAUGAAAAUAAAAGAAAACAAACUGAAAAAGGUGAAAAGGAAAAUAAAAAUUCAAAUAUUAAAAAAUAUAAAUUAUUUACAAAAGAUUUUGAAGAACAUUUCUUGAAGGAAGAUAAUAUAGAAAUAGGAAAAAAAAAUGAAAGUUCUACAAAAAAAAAUAAUGAUUCAAAUAAAGGUUUUAAUUUAGUAAAAUCCGAAACUCAGGAUAUUAUUAAUUUGCUUUUUAGUGAAAUGAAUAAUAAAACGCCUUUGGAUAUGGAAUAUAAUAUUAGUUUCAAUAAAAAUACAAAUAUUGCAGAAAAGGAAAAUGAACGAAAAAAAGAAGAAAUAGAAUCUACACCGAAAAAAACUAACGAAACAAUAAAUAAAAAGGGAAAUUCAAAAAAUAAAAAAUGUAUAAGUACAGAGCAAGAUACAUUAGAGAAUAGGCUGUUUAAAUACUUCAAAUUGUUAGGUCAAUUAUGUGCAAAAAUAUUAACAGAUAAUCGAAAUGUCGAUAUUAAUUUGCAUCCGUUAUUUUGGUAUAUUGUAAUGAAUAACUCCGGCUACAUUAACAUGUCCAAGUUGCAUCAUUAUCAAUCGGUUGAUGCAGUAAACAUGAAUAGUAUAAACAAACUAUUAGAGUACAGAAAAAAUGGCAAAAAUGUUGAAGAUUUGCACCUUGAUUUUACACUAUUAGGAACUACACCACCAGUUGAACUAAUACCUAAUGGUUCGAACAUAUCCGUAACUAAUGAAAAUUUAGAUUUGUUUAUAAAUAAAACAAUUCAAUAUUCUUUAUAUGAGGGAAUAAAAUUUCAGGUAUGGGCGUUUCGUUUCGGUUUUAGUACUAUAGCGCCAUUAAUAUGUACAAAUAUUUUUGACGAAGAAGAAAUAUGUGAAUAUUUAUUUGGGAAUAGUAUUAAUAAUGAUGAAUAUUGGACAAAAUCUCAUUUAUCAACUUAUAUUAAACCUGAUCAUGGGUACACAAACGACUCAAUUACAUUCAUCACGCUAAUCGAUAUAUUGUCCGAAUUUGAUUGCAAUGAAAGAAAAAUGUUUCUUAAAUUUUGUACCGGAACAUCUACUUUACCUAAUAAUGGGUUUUCAGCCUUAAAGCCAUUAAUGAAAGUUGUUAAGAAAGAAGAUAAUAAUGAUUUACCCAGUGUCAUGACAUGUACAAAUUAUUUGAAAAUUCCAGACUACAAAAACAAAGAAAAAUUACGAAAUCGAUUAAUGUAUGCCAUCAAUGAAGGCCAAAAGAAUUUUUCUUUAUCUUAG